UCUCUCCCUCCCUCCAUACGUGUAGGAAGGGUGCUGUUGCUGUUGGUGUGGGUCCGUCGUUAAUGUCGUGCAUCGUUGCUACCGUAACCCUGCAGGAAGGAGGAGGAGGAAAGGAUAAUUCCACUCGUUUAAUUUUUGAUUUCUUCCCUCUUGCUCCCCCACUUUGAUGUGCUUUCUGGCCUUCACUUCCGGCUAAAGGGGAAAGACUGUCACAGACGACUGGCCAUAGGAGAUCUGAGGUCUCGUCAUGCACUCCCAUGCCUCGGACAUGGCUCGGCUCUACCAGACAGAGUUUGUGCGCAGCGCACGGGCUGUGGGUGUCCUGUGGGCUGUGUGCACCCUCUGCUUUGCCGUCAUUGAGGUGGUCAUCCUCAUCCAGCCAUCGUGGGUCGGCACGCGCGAGCUGCGUUACCGUGGUGGCACUGUAGCCACGCCCCCCCAGGCAGGCACCCUGGGCCUGUUCGAGGUGUGCGUGGAGACGGACUGGCCCGUGCCCGAAUGCAGGGGUUCCCUGCGCACGCUCACCCCCCUGCCAGCGUUCCAGUCUCCGGCCGUGCUGGUGUGCAUUUCCCUCACCAUGGUGUGGGUCAGCGUCGGCUGCCUGUGUCUCUUCCGCUUUUGCAAUGCUGCUACCGUGUAUAACAUCUGCGCCUGGCUGCAGCUGACCGCAGGUUUCUGCCUGGCUCUGGCCUGCGUGGUGUUCCCGGACACCUGGGAAUGCAAGGAGAUGCGGGCUCUCUGUGGCGAGGCUGUGGGCAGUUUCUCCCCGGGGAACUGCACCGUGCACUGGGCCUAUGUGCUGGCCAUUCUGGGCGUGCUGGAUGCAGCCAUCCUCGCAACUCUCGCAUUUGUGUUGGCUAACAGGCAAGAUGCACUACUCCCAGAUGAUGCCAAGGAUGGUGAGGUGACUGGGCUGUUACUGGCAGCGUAGACUGGUGUUGGAGCGAAUGCCACAGUGUGUUCCUUUUAUCCUUGGCUGAUCGUUCUAUCACACUGCCCCUCUCAUUGGUCAUUUUUCCCAUCGUAUCCUCUAUUCCCUGAGCAAAAAAGUGUAAACAGCUCACUUCCUCCUCCCCCUUAGUAUGACAUCAUCUUCCUGCUAACGUAACCUUUCUGCAUAGAAACAGUUACCUGGCAACUGUAUCCAAGUGCCCCUGCCCUGGAAGGAAGAGAUAUGGUCCCCUUUCUGAAAUGGCAGAAGACAUCACAGGCAAAGGCACACUUGACUAUCACACAUUCAAAUCUCCAUGAUUCUUACAUCUGUUAAAUGUACAGAUCAUCACAGAGUCUUUUUCAGUAAAGAUUACAGGUUUAACCUGUGUUUAUCUGUCAUGCUGCUGUGUGCCAAACUCAUAUGUGGGCUAUGCUGUAUUCCUUUUGUACACUGAUUUAGUGGCUGAAUAUUGUUUUUCAGUUCAUAGUCAGUUCAGUUGCUGUGGUAUAUGGUAAUAUUAUAAUAGACUUGCAGGUAUUUUACAGAUGAAUGAGUGACUUUAACUAGGCAACUUUAAGAAAUUUUGACUAAUAAUAACAGCGUUUCAAGAGCUGUUCACACAUUACCUACAAGGUAAUUGAGUGAUUGCUGAACUCGGCAUCAAACAUCUUCAUCUUUGGCAAAUAAACGACUUUUCCCCUGCAACGCCCUAUUCAGUGCGUAUUCAUACUUGUGUAAGGAAAGCAUCCAUAUACUGUAAAUGUAAGUUUGUAACAAAUAAUAAAAAGGGAGAAGCUAAA